AUUUGUUUCCGUUUUAGUGUUACUAAACCGGAAGUAGAUAUUGCCGGCAAAACCAAAAGAAGAGAAAUGUUCACCCCACGGGGAGCAACAACACGUUCUAGGGCGUCGCCCUUCACCCCUACGCCACAGUCAACACGAUCACAAAGCAAAAGAGUCUCAAAUAUCAGUUAUACACCAAAAGGAAGGACUUCUAUAUAUGCUCCCAAAAGCCAAGGCAAUCGUAGUUUACAAACAUCCCAAAUUCUUGAAGAGGCUGGUGGCCACAGAGUUGAGAGCUAUGGACUUCCCCUUCCCGUUCUCAUUACAGAGGCACUAUCACUGGCUGACAGACACACAGAAAUUACUGUGAAGAUUGACCCUUCCGGAUGGGCAUGGCUGGUGGGAGGUAGAAAAUUGUUCAUAUGGCGCCAUAAGCAGUCACAUACUGCCAGGGGUGUGUUCUGUAAGGAGUUGACCCUCCCUCCCAGUGAUCUAGCCCACAAUGCAGAUCGUGUGUGUGUUGUUCCCAGUAUUACUGAUGCUCAGUCUGCUUCCUGUGUGGCCGUAUCACCUGAGGGUAUUGUACGCUACUGGGCCAAUGUGGCAUACGAAGGAUCAUCAUCUGAAAUCAGUGCAGAACUUCGAGGAGAGGAAUGUGCUUGCGUUAUUAACUUCCAGCCUUAUGGAUGUCUUCUGGCCACAACCACCAGCUCCCUUGUACUUCUGGCUCACAUUCCUGGCCAGACUGGUCCUGGGUGUUACCCACUGACAGCAUCCCAGGGAAUGUUUGCUGGUAUUGGUCGCAGAAUGUCUUCCUUCAUCUUUGGGGCAUCUCCAAUGCAACCUUCAGGCGCAACAUUGCAGGCCAUUGUACCUGGUAGUGAGGAAGAGGAAGAGAGGCCAUUUUUUGUGUUGACCGGUACUCAGCUACAAAAGUGGACAGUUUCCGAGGGGAAUACAGAGAAGUUGUUUUACCAGAUAGACGUGGACAGGAUGUUCAGAGAAGCAUUGGCUCGCAAAGUUUGGGACCAGGACUCCCUACACCUUACUCAGCUGAAGACAUGGCUAAUUGACAUGCAGAUCACAAGAUCCGGCGUCUUGAUCCUUGGGGUUGGUGUCAACAUGGAGGUGUCUUUAACAGUGUACUUCGUACUCGCUACCAUAGAUACAGACAUCAAUGGAACACCAGUAGGAUUUGAAGAAUUACUCGUCCUAGACCACAAGGCAAACUACACAGAGGAAAUGGAGCUAAAGCUACAGAACCUGAAACUGCUGGUGCCUGAUCCCAGUUCUGGUGUUUCCUAUGUGUAUGAUGAUGAACGAGUCCUGUUUAAAUCAGGAGAGUCCUCCGAAGUCACUGAGUUUCAUUCACCAGGUGGAAUGAUCAUUGGAGCUGGAAACAGUGAUGGAGCUGGAGUGUUUUUCUCUAGCAGUGUAGGAAUGUUCUGUUUCACUCCUUCCAACAAACAGAAUACCAGUUUACUUGUUGAUACAACGAUGGACUAUCCAAACAUUUCAAAAGCUGACAUGUCUGCCCUAGCUGCUAGCUCUUCACAGAUCCAUGAGCUGAGUCUCAGCGAGGACAAGACGUCGCGCCUAAAGGCAGCGUUCCUGUCAGCGAUGAGGGGUAAUAUGGACCUGGCACAGGCAGGCGUGGAUGAGUUAUUCCCCUUGUCGGAUAAUAACAUCACAGACAUGGAUCAGGUUGUGGUGGCUGUCAGUCGUGAUUUGAUUGAUGAUUACCCCGCCUCUGAUCCAAGGUGGGCGGAGUCGAGACAGGACCCCUGCAGUAGCACUACAUCACUGAUUAUUCUGAACCAGCUAUCUGACAAGCUUAAAGCUCAUGACUACAUUAUCAGCUUUCUCAAGAAAGUGGGCCUGUGGAAGAGGCUGAGCACAGUCACAUCUCGAGACCAUCCAAUGUUGACACAUGAUGUUCUGUGUGAGCAUGCAGAGAAGGUGACAGCAGCGAUGGCCCUCCGACAACUGCACUCUGAGUACACAGGCGUGAUUGAUGCGGCCAUUAGGAAGGUACUUGAGAGGCGUGAUGCUACCUCCAUGUCACAAGGAUUGUCUCCUCAGGAUGUUUUCUACAGAGAGAUUUCAAAGGUACAUGAAAUCCUGACUGCCCUCCUCGAGUAUGAGGAGGAAGUUCUGGCAGCCGAUGUGUCUACCCCGGAGAUACUAGCAGUUGUAGCUGCUGUGAAUGCAGUCAUGGAGGCAAUGCUCCACAAGGCCCUGCAACACAGACAUGCCAAGAUGUCUGUUUACAGAGAGGAUCUAGACCCUGCAGCCCUCGUGCAGCUGGAGUUCCUACCAUGGACUUCACAGGAAGGGGACAAAGGGGCCCGUAAUAUUCUCCUCAAACAGUAUGCAGUGACCCUGGACGGGACCAUGCCAGAGGUGACAGAUGCAGACACAUUGUCACUGUUCUGUCAGCAGUUGGCACAGCUUGCAGACAUCGUACUGGAAGGCUUCAGCACACAACUAGAGUCAUUACACCACCAACAAGAUCGGUCAGGUCACUACCGCGAACUUGACAGGAAGUACCAGCUCUGUCGACAGCAGCUCAUCACCCCACUAUUGGAGAAGGAUCACAUGGAGCUGGCUGCAUCACUCGCAGAGAAAUACUACGAUUUUGAUAUACUUAUUCAGUUGUGUGAACAGAUGGACAAUGCUGAUCGCAUAGAGCGAUACCUCACACAGUUUUCAGAUAAGGGUUUUGCUGAUAUUCUGUACGCUUGGUAUAUGAAAGAAGGAAAACUAGGGAAGCUGCUGUCUCUGCCUGCUCAUCGACACCUGGAACUGGGACAAUUUUUACAGAGCAAGGACAUCAAGUAUCUAAGCUGGUUACACCAGCUACAGACCAGUGACUAUACACAGGCUCAUGAAUCCUUGUUAGAACUUUCAAGGAUGGAAACAACCUCACUGUCUAAGAAAAAGACCUUGCUGAGCCUCAGUAAACUGGCUGGACUAGCAUCAGAGGACGACCAGGAAGACAUUAAUAUCACUGGCAUAAAUGAAGAACUUGACCUGAUAACACACCAGGAGCAACUACCAGUCCAUGUACUACACCAGAGAGGCCUGGACCCAGAAGACAUGGGAGUCCUUUCUCCAGAACAGCUGGUAGAGCUGUAUGUUAGUGAUAUGUCGUCCGAGGACCAAGAACUGAAUUUUAAGAAAGCGUUAGACCUUUUACAGUACAUAGACAGAACUGAUCCCAACAUUGACGUGGAAGCAUUGAGAUAUCAGAUAUGGGCCAAGGCUAUUCUAAGGAACAGUUGGGCAGUCGACCAAUCAGGAGAACCCAUAGAGACAGUCAAGGAUACUGUCUUUUUCAAAGUAGCCACUCUUGCAUAUAAUGAGGGUACAGAUUUACAAGAAUAUCUGCCACAAAUUGAGUUAUUACUAAGAUGCGAGGACCUCGGACUACUUCAAGACGAUAGGAAUUUCCAAUACUUGUUACGUGUCGGCUAUGAACAUAUCCAGCAAACACUCUACUAAACAGUCACCUUUCUCAGUAUCAUAGGCCUAGUGUCAUAGAAUUGUGUAGCUCCUUGUGCAGACGUUGCAUGCCUGAAGAUACAUCAUUACACUCUGGAAUUAGUAGACGCUUUCAUCAUUUGUUACCACAUUGCUGAUGUAUACGAACGAAAUCUAAGAUGUGCAAUCAAUGAUCUAGCAUUUUACUUUACUGAAGACAAAAAGUGUUCUUUUUAUACACUUGAUUAGCUUUAUGUGUAACUACGGUAAAUAUGUGUGUAUAAGAAAGGCUUGCUGAUCUUCCUGUGUUUCAGUUUGUAAAUAAUGCUGGGGAAUAAACACAUGUUAAAACAUUAAAAUAUCAGGUUUUCAUA